GUCAAAUUGAAGGUCAUCAACCUAAGUUAUUCAGUGAAUCUCAUCAAAAUCCCGGACUUUUCAAGUGUGCCAAAUUUGGAGAUUUUAACUUUAGAAGGUUGAGCAAUGUUACGUAAAAGGUAAUUCAUCUAUCAAUAAUACAGUUAUUGCCUAACGUCAUUUUUCUUGGUUUUGACAGGUUGUAGAAGACUUAAGAGUCUUCCAAGCAGCUUUGAUAAGUUCAAAUGCCUUCAAAGUCUUUCUUGUGGAGGUUGUUCAAAGCUAACGAGUUUCCCAGAAAUCAAUGGAAAUAUGGGAAAGCUAAGGGAGUUUAAUUUCAGUGGAACAUCUAUAAACGAGGUACCAUUGUCAAUUAAACAUCUAAACGGUCUUGAAGAGUUGCUUUUAGAAGAUUGCAAGAAGCUUGUGGCCUUUUCCGAGAACAUUGGUAGUUUGAGCUCUCUUAAAUCUCUCAAACUUAAAGGAUGUUCAAAAUUAAAGGGUCUUCCAUCAUCAAUCAAACAUUUAAAAGCUCUUAAAAACUUAGAUUUGUCAAGUUGUGAAAAUCUUGUGAGGCUUCCUGAGAGUAUUUGUAGUUUGAGCUCUCUUGAAACUCUCUUUCUCAAUGGGUGUUUAAAAUUCAAGGGCUUCCCAGGAGUUAAGGGCCAUAUGAACAAUCUAAGGGUGCUUCGUCUAGAUUCAACAGCUAUAAAAGAGAUACCUUCAUCAAUUACACAUCUAAAAGCCUUGGAAUACUUAAAUUUGUCAAGGAGCAGCAUUGUGAGUCUCCCAGAGAGCAUUUGUAGUUUGACAUCUCUUAAAACUAUAAAUGUCGAUGAGUGUUCAGCACUCCACAAAUUGCCAGAGGACCUAGGGGAGUUGUCACGUUUGGAGAUACUUUCAUUUUCAUACAUCAGAUGUGACUUGCCCUGUUUGUCAGGCUUAUGCUCCUUAAAAGAGUUAACUCUACAGGGUUGCAAUCUAAAGCAAGGAGUGAUUAAGAGAGAUAGCCGCUUGUCCUCAUUGAAGACAUUAAUCCUAAUUGAUUGCAACUUAAAGGACGGAGUAGUCCUUGAUAUUUGCCACCUUUUGUCAUUGAAAGAGCUACAUCUAAGCAGCUGCAACAUAAGAGGAAUCCCUAAUGAUAUUUUCUGCCUAUCAUCCUUGGAAAUAUUGAAUCUGGAUGGAAACCAUUUUAGUAGCAUACCUGCUGGCAUCAGUCGACUGUAUCAUCUGACAUCACUUAACUUGAGGCACUGCAACAAGCUUCAACAAGUUCCAGAGCUUCCAUCAAGUCUACGGCUUUUAGAUGUGCAUGGCCCUUCAGAUGGUACUUCAUCAAGCCCGUCAUUGCUGCCGCCACUGCAUUCUCUGGUCAAUUGUUUAAAUUCGGCAAUUCAGGAUUCGGAAAAUAGAAUCAGGCGUAAUUGGAAUGGAGCAUAUUUUUCUGAUUCUUGGUACAGUGGCAACGGAAUUUGUAUUGUGAUUCCUGGAAGUAGUGGAAUACCAAAGUGGAUAAAGAACAAGAGAAAGGGAUCUGAGAUAGAGAUAGGGCUUCCUCAGAAUUGGCACCUAAACAAUGAUUUCUUGGGAUUUGCCUUAUACUGUGUUUAUGCUCCCGUUCCCUCUAACCUUGAGGCCAUGAUUAGAACAGGAUUUCUGAAUAUAUCUGAGAAAAGAUCCAUUUUUGGAUCUCUCUUUGGUUUUUAUUUAGAAGUAAACUGUGGCAUGGCUAGCCAUGGCGAUGAAUUCCAAUCCAAGGAUAUUCUCUCAUUUUCAUCUGAUUGUGAAUGCUGCCAGGAUUUUGAUUUUGAUGGUGGUCUAUCAUGGGUAAUAUGUUAUCCCAAAGUUGCUAUUCGGGAGAAGUAUGGGACGCACUUCAAGGCUUUAUUUCAGGGCUGCUAUUUUGGUAAAUUGAAAAGCUUUGAGGUGAUAGAAUGUGGGGUCCAUCUUAUAUACGCCUAAGAUCUUCAUCCACCAACAGAUGUGGAUCUUAGCUGCUAGGAAUGCCAAUCUUUGUUCACGAUCAACUUUCCAAGCUGAGAAUGCUCAACUUGACUCACUGCCACAAGCUUCUAUGAAGUUAAUUUACAGCUUCCGUCAAGUCUACUUGGUUUCCUUUCUCUUUCAAAAAGCUUCUAAUGAUCAGCAAUUUAGGUCGUUAUCAGAGGGAGGGAAUUAAGAAGUAUUGCUUAAAUAAAUGGUGGCGGUUACUUUGGUAAUAAACCAUACAAAGUGGAGAAUGUGGAUUCCUCUUAUGUAUGCUCGUCCCACAAUGAUCAUACCAUUGGUAAUGUAAAGAGAAGUUACGAUGAUGUAGAACACAACUUAACCAGAAGAGAUUCAAAGGAACCCAACACUUGGCGUCGGGCUCCACCACACUUGCAUCAGCAAUGCUUUGUUUAUUAUUGGUAAAUCACCUCCCUUUCUCUUGUUUGGUUAUAUAACUCAUACUUGGGAAUUUACUAUAGAACCUUCUCUAGUCUAGGGGCAUUUCCACUAUGUAUGUGGUCUUUCAAUGCCCUUGGGAAAAUUCUUUAAUAGGUUUAGUCUAUUAACUUCUCAUAAUACAAGAUUUUUCUCACUGAUCUGACCCACAGAGCAAUUAGAGUUACUGCAAAUUGGCUUCCUCCCAUAUACCCCCCCUAAAUCUGCUUACUUAUUCUUGCUUUGGUAUGUGGGUGUUUGUGGCACCAAACUUGACUACGUUUUCAUGGAUUUGCUUUUGAUAAAUUGGUAGGUAUUCAUGUAAUUAUCAUCUCAAUUGGAACAACUAGCAACCUAAUGUUUGAUGCAAAUAAUCCCUUCUUUCUUAAUUUGAGUUUAUUUUGUAUUUUUUUUUCUCUCUAAUGCCCUUAAUUGUUGAGAAUGGGAUGCAAGACAGGUUGAGGGGAGUAAAGAUUUGUGUGUGUAUCUGAAUUCUUUGAAGAAUAAGUCAACCACUCCAACUAGUGCAUGCCGACAUAUGUGGUCCAAUGCAAACGUUAUCUCAUAACAAAAGUAGUUCUCGUCUUUUUGUUGAUGAUUUCAAUAGAGGUAUUUUGGAUAUA